AUUCAGCGAAAAAAAAAAAAAAGGGACCCGACUCUUUGUUAUUCUAGUUGAAUUCAAUGGUGUAAUGUGCCUGGGAAGUCAACUCAAGAACUUCAUCAAAAGUGGAAAAAGCACUUCUUCUUCAAGCAUAUCUCGACAGUCGACAACACAAAAAUAUGAGACAGCAGCUCGUAUGGUAGAGGAAGAGAAGAUUGCAAAGCAGACCAUGCCAACUUAUGGAGGACUGGAACGACUAUUAUACGAAGCUGUUCAACUGUCUACAAACGAAAAAGUAGCAAUAAAAAUUGUUCGCAAAUUAGAAUUAAAUAAUCAACAGAAAUCAAGCGUAUUAAAAGAAGUACAAAUCAUGAGGACUUUGGAUCACCCUUCUAUAAUCAAAUUACUCCAUUUCAUAGAGACAAAAGAGCAUUACUUCCUUAUCUUGGAACUUUGUGAAGGCGGAGAAAUUUUUCAUCAAAUUGUUCGUCUUACGUAUUUCAGUGAAGAUCUUGCUCGUCAUUGUAUUCGAUAUUUACAUGAAGAAAAGGGUGUUGUCACAGACAUUAAACCAGAGAAUUUAUUGUUUAAAGAGAUACACCAUUACCUUCCACCUGAAUUUGAUGAGCCCAAAGACGAUGAAGGCCAGUUCGUAGCCGGUAUUGGUGGCGGUGGAAUUGGACUUGGGUUAUACUGCCCAGAAAUUGUAAAGGACCCACGUUACUCAAAAUCUGUUGAUAUGUGGGCUUUGGGUUGUGUUCUUUAUACCUUCCUGUGUGAUUGUCCUCCAUUCUAUGAUGAAAGUAUUAAGGUAUUGACCGAAAAAGUCGCAAGGGGCAAUACCAUUCUUGAGCCCCUGCCAUUAUUGCUAGAACCACCAAGCGAUUUACCCAUUGAUUUGACUUCAGUACCCAUGUUUACAGCAUUGGUGGAAAACGUAGGUGUACCUCCUCACCCCGAAACAGAAGCAGAAGAAUUUAAACGCAUGAUUCAAGAACGCAAUAGAGAUGAGGAAGAAUUAGAAGCAGCUGUCCCUUUCCCAUCCGGUAUGUCAGCAUCCGUGAUUAAUUCUCGUGCCAACUCACGCGCAAAUUCACGUGCACCAUCCAUCACUGGAGCUUCAGGUACAACUACUCCCCGUCGAGAUUUUCUCUGGUGUGUCCUCCAUGAAGGAAUGUUUGAUAUUUCUUAUGCUGUGCAUCGUAUGACAGAGGAAAAACAACGAGAUACCUCAAAGAACCGCAGAUCGCUAUUUAUGAGUGCUGUUAAUGGGGAUGACGAUGAUAUAACGGAGGAUGAGAUAGAUUUAGUAACGGAUGAAACUUCUUCAGUCAGACCAGUGAAGAAGACACUCCCAGUAAGCGAAAAGAAGGUCAAAUCAAAUAAGCAACACAAUCUAUUUGAACUGAAUAUGAACAAAGCUACCUUUCCUACUCAUCAAGUUGAUGACUCUCAACAAUAAAUUAGGGCUGGUUCCUUUCUGUUUGAUCAUUUAUAUUCCUGCAUUCUACCACUAUAUCAUUAUCUUGACACACAUUUCCUUUUUCUUUUUCUUUUUCUUUUUUUUUUUUUUAACACUAAUAAUACUAAUAAUAAUAAAAUCAACACUCUUUUUUUUUAUUGAA